AUGGCUCCAAUUGGCGACGAGCUGGCGCAAAGGCUGGUCGAUUCCAUCGAUCGGCUUGAAUCGAGAAUAAAACGUCUCGAAGACGACAUCCGCCAUACCAAAAACCACACGCAACCUACGGAGGAUGAGGGGGUCCGGAUGGUACUGAUGGGUCCUCCUGGCGCAGGCAAAGGAACUCAAGCGCCCAAGAUCAAGGAGCGAUUUUCGUGCUGUCAUUUGGCCACCGGCGAUAUGCUUCGGUCACAAGUCGCAAAGAAGACACCUUUGGGCAAGGAAGCGAAGAAGAUCAUGGACCAAGGAGGACUCGUCAGCGACGAGAUCGUUAUUGGCAUGAUCAAGGCUGAACUUGAGACCAACAAGGAAUGCCAAGGAGGCUUCAUUCUCGACGGGUUCCCACGUACAGUCGUUCAAGCACAACGGUUGGAUCAGAUGUUGGUAGAGAAGAAUAAGCCCCUACAACACGCUGUAGAGCUUCAAAUCGACGAUGGACUCCUUGUAUCGCGGAUAACAGGUCGUUUGGUCCACCCAGCGUCUGGCCGAUCCUACCACAAGAUUUUCAACCCUCCCAAGGAGAGCAUGAAGGACGACGUUACUGGCGAGCCACUGGUUCAGCGAUCCGAUGACAACGCCGAGGCUCUCAAGAAGCGACUCGUCACAUAUCACCAGCAGACCUCACCUGUCGUUGGAUAUUACCAGACAACUGGUAUCUGGAAGGGAAUUGAUGCCAGCCAAAAGCCUGGGCAAGUUUGGAAGCAACUCCUCGGAGUUUUCGAGCAAAGCAAGAGCUCAAGCAAGACCGGAAGUCUGCUCGGCAAGAUUACCGGCAACUAA